AUGGUUUUGUGUGAUGUAACCAGGAUAAAUACAAGGAGUGGUUUUGCAAAGUGGACAGUAAUGGAGUAUAUGAGCACGGGUAGUGAUAGCAAAGAGGAGAUUGACUUGUUGCUAACUAAUUUAAAUAUGUCUGAGGUGAUAGACAUCAUGGAAAACCUUUAUCCAGGUGAAGACCUUGCAGUCUAUGAAGACAGUUUAAUUACAAUGUGUGAAGAGGCAAAUCAAAAUGAAGACCAUGCAGAAUCUUUACUGUUUUGUGAAAGGGAGGUUUCUUUGAUGUCCUCCGUCAAAUACGGGACUGUGGAAGACUUGCUUGCUUUUGCAAAUCAGGUGUCGAACACUGCAAAACAAUUUAAAGGAUGCAGACAGCAAGAAUCUGGAAUCCUUUUGAAUAUGAUCACACCCAAGAAUGGGCGCUAUCAAAUCGACUCGGAUGUGCUCCUAUUUCCAUGGAAGCUGACUUACAGGAACAUUGGCUCUGAUUUUAUUCCUCGGGGAGCUUUUGGGAAGGUGUACUUAGCCCAAGAUAGAGAAACCAAGAAACGAAUGGCAUGCAAACUGGUCCCAGUGGAACAGUUCAAACCAUCAGAUGUUGAAAUACAGGCAUGUUUCCGUCACGAAAACAUUGCUGAAUUAUACGGUGCUAUUUUAUGGGAUGAGACAAUCCAUCUCUUCAUGGAAGCCGGAGAGGGAGGAUCUGUCAUGGAAAAGCUGGAGAGUUGUGGUCCUAUGAGAGAAUUUGAAAUCAUUUGGGUGACAAAGCAUAUUCUGAAAGGACUUGACUUUCUCCACUCCAAGAGGAUUAUCCACCAUGAUAUCAAACCAAGCAACAUUGUCUUUAUGUCAACUAAGGCGGUUUUGGUGGAUUUUGGCCUAAGUGUUCAAAUGACUGAAGACAUUUACUAUCCCAAAGACCUCAGAGGAACAGAG